AUGGGUUCAGCCCUUCCUCCAGAACAAAUUGCUUGGUGCGGAAUGGAUGCUGUGCUGUUGUACUGGGAUGAUAUGCUUUUAAUGAUGGGUCCUGAUGGAGAGCCAGUUCACUACCUUUAUGAUGAACCAAUAAUUCUUAUACCUGAGUGUGACGGAGUGAGGAUAUUGUCCAACACUAGCAUGGAAUUUCUACAACGGGUGCCUGAUUCCACCGUUUCAAUAUUCACAAUUGGAAGUACAUCACCUGCUGCUUUACUGUAUGAUGCCCUGGAUCAUUUUGAUAGGCGAAGUGCCAAGUACUAUGAUGCUGUUGCUGAUGAAAAUUUGAGAUUGAUUAGAUCGUCCCUUCCUGAGGCUGUUGAAGCUUGUGUUGAUGCUGCAGGUCAUGAAUUUGACGUUUCACGCCAGCAAACUCUCCUAAGGGCUGCCAGUUAUGGGCAGGCUUUUUGUAGCAAUUUUCAACGUGAUCGGAUCCAAGAGAUGUGUAAAAUUCUGCGGGUCUUGAAUGCAGUGCGCAGCCCUGAGAUUGGCAUUCCUCUUAGUAUUCAGCAAUACAAGUUGCUUACACCAUCUGUUCUGAUCGGUCGUCUGAUUAAUGCUUACCAACAUCUGCUUGCACUGAAAGUAUCAGAAUAUCUUGGGAUGAAUCAAUCCCCAGGAGUGUAUGCAUAUUUCUUGGAGCUUCUGAUGGAGGCAAGUUCUCAGUGUUGGGCUGAUAUGAUUGUCAGAGAUAAUGGUGGUGGUUGGUUCGUCGAAAAUUCAGUGAGGGCAAGCUUCAAUAUACAGUCUGUUAGUGCCACCUUUCUCUUCGAUAACGACCUCCUCUACUGUACUCCCCAACUCAUUCUCAAUCCUACCUUUGUUCCCCCUCCUUUCUAUAUUAUACACAAUUGGAUGGAGGAUGAGGUCCAUUACCUAGGGUGGAUGGGUGCAACAGAAUUGACAGGAGUACAACUGGAGGUGGUGAUAAUGCAUUGGGCCUGUUCAAAGAUAACUGCUUCAUUGGUAAUUCCCGAUGCAGCUCUUCUGGAGAUUCUCCUGGAUAAGUUAAAACUGUGUAAGGGCAUAUCCUAUGCAGCAGUUGCUGCUCAUGCAGACAAAAAUGGCCGACGAAAGUUAGCUGCCUUGCUUGUUGAACAUGAGCCUCGGUCAUCAAAACAGGUUCCUCUCUUGUUGAGCAUUGGAGAAGAAGAUAUAGCCUUGAUGAAGGCGAUUGAAUGUGGUGAUACAGAUCUUGUUUACCUUAGGCAGCCGUUGGAGUUCUUUGGCACUAUACAGGCCAGACCUUUAGCACGUGACUUAUUUGUAACUUAUGCACGGUUCUAUAAACAUGAAUUUUUGAAGGACUUCUUCUUAUCAACUGGGCAGCUUCAAGAUGUGGCAUUUCUUUUGUGGAAAGAAUCAUGGGAGCUUGGUAAAAAUCCCAUGGCAAGCAAAGGAUCUCCACUUCAUGGUCCUCGAAUAAAAAUUAUUGAGAAGGCACAAAGUCUUUUUGCUGAAACCAAGGAGCACAUCUUUGAAUCGAAGGCAGCUGAAGAGCAUGCAAAACUAUUAAGAAUUCAGCAUGAACUUGAAGUGACUACAAAGCAGGCCAUUUUUGUGGAUUCUAGUAUAAACGAUACAAUCCGGACUUGUAUUGUCUUGGGAAAUCAUCGAGCUGCAAUGAAAGUGAAAACAGAGUUUAAGGUGUCUGAGAAGAGAUGGUAUUGGCUUAAAGUUUUUGCUUUGGCUACAAUCAAGGAUUGGGUUGCCCUAGAAAAAUUUUCAAAGGAGAAGAAACCUUCAAUUGGUUAUAGACCAUUUGUGGAGGCAUGCAUUGAAGCGGAUGAAAAGGCUGAAGCCGUUAAAUAUAUCCCAAAACUUGCAGACCCUAGAGAAAGAGCUGAGUCAUAUGCUAGAAUUGGUUUGGCCAAGGAAGCUGCCGAUGCUGCUUCACAGGCAAAAGAUGGUGAAUUACUUGGUCGGUUGAAAUUGACUUUUGCACAAAAUGCCGCCGCUUCAUCAAUAUUCGAUACUCUUCGAGAUCGGUUGUCUUUCCAAGAUGGAUUAGCAAAUCUUAAUGACUGUAGUAAUACGUUUUUACGAUAUCCAAAUUUGGAAAGCACGUGGAAGGAGUCUCAGUCAAUACUACGAUGGGCUUUUGCUGCGUAA